GCGUGCUUUAGUACAACUUUAAGUUUUAUCCUGGAUUGUUGUGCGCUUAUUUCGCUUUGUACUUGGCAUUCAACAUUUUUAUUGCUCGUGUUCGAUAAAUUAUGUUUUCGCGAUGAUUAUAGCCGUCGCUGUUGGGCACUGGUGCGCGUAGUUAAAUUAUUCGUCGAAAGUACGUAUUUUUCAAUUUUCAAGCAGCGAAAAUGCGAGCAACUAGGAUUACAGAAUAAAAAUCAGAAAGAUAAAAUGGAAGAUCGGCGACAAAUUGAGGAAAAUAGAUUAACGUCAUCGCCAGUGCCAUUGCCAUUGUCAUUGUCAGUGCCAGCACCAGUGACUGCGACAGUUUUAGCGUCAGUGUCAUUGUCAGCGCCAGCACAAAGACCAGUAGCGCCUGCACUGACGACGCUUCGUAGGUGAAACGAUCGCAUUAUGGAUGACGACGAAGACGACGAUAAUUUGCGGCUCGACUGCGAGUACUACGAGUCCGAGUAUUUGGGCGACGGCGGCCCCGACCACGAUGAUGAAGACGAAGACGAAAAUGGCGACGUAACGAUAGUCGAGAAUGCAAUCGAUGAAAGAAAACAACCGACGAAGACGAGUACGAGUACCAGCGAGUUUAGACGUUCCGGCAGAUCGACUUUGCAUUACAAAAUCGUCGAAAAACUCUGCAUCGUUUUAUUCGCUUUUAUAUUUUCAAAUUUACGCUGGUCUACGUACGCUGAAACGUCCGACUUGUUCGACGAUUCGCAUUCGCGUCCUAGAAUCAACGCCAUGCCGUCUGUCUACGAAAUGCAUCAUUUUCGGGUCGACAUUUCGCCGAAAAGCCAGCGAGAGGACGACUCACGAAGCGAACACGGUUCAGCUUCGGCAUCGGCGUUGAAGCGUCGCAUAAGGCACGAUACCGUCAAGAAUACGCUCAACGAAGGCGAACGUUUGAUUACUUUCGAAAGAGCGGAUGUCGAUGUCGAUGCAGAUGUGGACGUGGACGUGGAUGUAGGAACCGCGUCUGGUUUGACGAUGCAAAAGAUGAGCAACUUGGACGAGCAUGGUAGCGAUGGAAUCGUAUUUAAGAAAAGAAAGUAUCGCAGCGACGGUAGAGCGGACGGAGCCGCCGGUGUGACUUCGUCCGCUCGAACGCUCUGGUCGACCCGAAAGCCGACGACGACGAUGCCACCUCAACAACAUCUUGCCUCGUCGUCGUCUUUUCGCAAAUACGACCAAAGUUGCGCUUGUUUCGGUGGCAGAAAAAAAUUGCCCAAAGAUUCGAACGAUUUGACAAUCACGCUACAACAUCGUAUAUUGAAUACGUCGCUUGGUAUCUCCGUCGGAGUCACCUAUCAAGUCGUAUUCAACUCGUCGAAGAAACUGCUCGACGUUUUCAUUUCUUCUGAGAACGCGACAAAUGGGCUUCCCGUUGGUGUGUUCUUUCCUUCGCACAAAAACUGUUCGUACGUCGGUCAACUUGGUGGCGGAAUGUCGAACGAUUCUCAAAAUUUGCUCAAUUGGUCACUGCCUAGUGUAAAUGCAAACGCUCCUGUUUCCAGUGUUUUAUUCCGAUUAUGUUACCAACUUGCAGAGCACAAUCAUAGUGUUUACGAGACGUUGUACAAAUUUGCGGUGAUUAAAGGUUGCGAAUUUGCCGUGCAGCCAGCCAAAGGCAGCGUAUCUUCGUCCGAUUUAUUCAACGUGGCCGAAGAUACGAGUACUUCGGGAAGCGGUGGCAACUCGCUCAACUGUUCUUUAUCGUUUGCGAACGUAUUGAACAUGGCCAGCGAUAAUUUGCGCCGCCGAAAAGGACUGAUCGUAAAGCUCGGCAGACUGAACGUUAGAUGCGGCGUAGGAUACGUGCAGUUUUCGUCCAGCGGCGGUUCGGUCUCGCCUAGAAUAUGCGGAAAAUUCGAAGAAAUCGAGCUUUCGCAACGUCAGCAUUACUUCGAGCCGACAAAGACGACGCCGAUGGCAUCGUGGCAAAUCAUCCUGUACGGUAAACCGGCGUUCGCGUUCACUUACGAAUUGGUGGAUUUCUGUUACAACGUUUCGUUGCACUCCAGAAACGAUAGCGUAGUUAUACGACCGUUGCUCAACAUUUUUUGUAAUUAUCAAAUUUCACUGCCCUACGGUAAUCGUAUCAACAUAAGCAUCAGCAUCAAGUCGUCGUCGUCGUCGUCGUCCGUGAAAUCCGUGGCGAAUGUUGCCGCCACCGAUAACUCGACUCGUGCCACCGAAUUGCAAACGAUAUCAACGAAUGCGCCGGAUCCUGUUUGCGGUCUGUUGCUGCUGCGGCUAUGGGACUCGAACAGUUCGAUGGCAUUUUGCCAAAACGAUUCGCAUUCUUUGGAGAACCGCGACUGGCGUCUGCGAUGGCAAAGCGAGCAGAACCACUUGCGAAUUCGCGUUUUUGCGCCCCUAGAUACGCAGCUCGAGCUGGUCUUCCACUACGAAGCGGUUCCGGAAGCCGAUAUCGUCGGCAGCUGCGCUUACGGAUCCGUUUCGGCCAAUUCGGCUUGCGUUAACCUCGUCGACAGCGUCAAAUUGGACUGGAUGCAGGCCGAACAGCACUGCCUUCGUAGUGGCGGCCAUUUGGCCAGCGUGUUGGACGAACAGUCGCAGCAAAUCAUCGACCAGUACUUGAUGAAAAGUCCCAGUUACCAAGAUUCAAACUCAUACUGGAUUGGCGCUACGGAUAUCGGGCACGAAGGUGAUUUCCAUUGGACGGAUGGUUUCGCAUUUUCGUAUUCUAAUUGGUUCAACGGAUGGCCUUUAUACGGUUACUACAACAGGCAACCGAACGACGACGGUUUCAGUAGCCAAGACUGCGUCGAAUUACGUCGUCAAUAUCACGUAUCACCCGCCGACGUGGACGCUAACGGCAGUAAAGCAAGGUUGACGUCCAGUUUCACGUGGAACGAUCGAGAUUGUCGCACCAAAAAUUAUUUUUUAUGCGAAUCGUUUAAAUUGUUACCGAAUUCAGAAGAUACGAGUAAACUGACCAACUCGAGGAAACAAUGUAACCAUAACAUCGCUCUGAACCACGAAAACGAACGAGUGGUUAUAUCCAGCCCCGCAUUUCCUCAAAAUUACCCCGAUAAUAAAGACUGUUUGAUCGUGUUGAGUACUCAGCUACUUUACAAAAUUGUCGUCGUGUUUGAAGAAUUUGUUUUGGAAGACGAACCAGAUUGCGGUUACGACUAUUUAGAAAUUUACGAAAAUCCGUCUUCGAAUGUAAACGUUUCGACGAAUAGUUCGGAAAACGUUCGACGUUAUUGCGGUGACUGGAGCGAUAAACUCAAGUUAUUACGUUACGUUAGCUCCGGUUCGAAAGUAUUUUUACACUUCAGUUCGGAUUACUCGCACGCGUUUAGCGGAUUUAAAGCUUACGUUUACAUCGAACAAGUGAAGAUUGAUUGUCCAGAUAAUCGUUUCCAAAUGUUCCGAGGAUCUUGUUACUUGUUUGUGAGCUUUCCUCAAGUCACUUGGCAAACCGCACAAAACAUCUGCGUCGGAAUACAGGCUGAAUUGGGCAGCAUACACAGCGUAGAAGAGCAUCAUUUUAUCGUUUCAAAAAUCCGAGAAUCGCACGAAUACACGACUACAACAAUUUAUUGGCUCGGAGGAAAAUUCAGCAUUUACGACGAGUGGAAAUGGAUUGAUAACACGAGCAUGACUUUUAACGCGUGGAUUCCGAUGCGUGCGAAUUUCAAACAAUCAAAAAUCAACAACAACGACGCCUGUUUGGGAAUUCAGUGGAUCCCCUCGCCGUCAUCUUUACUGCCGAGUGGCUUAUACUGGGUGCCGAUAUCGUGUCAGAAAACCGGAGGAUACGUGUGCAAAACUAAAAAUCAAUCUGGCAAAAGCAACGGAAUCAAUUUAAAUGUUACGGCCAAUGGCACCGAAGGAGAGCUGUCAUCGCCCAACUAUCCUGGAAACUACUAUCAUAAUUUGGAUUAUUGGAUGAAAAUCAUCAGUCCCGAGAAUACCAGAAUUAUCAUACAAUUUCAUACUUUCGAUCUCGAAGAACAAAAAGACUGCCUAUACGACUACCUCGAAAUUUAUAACGCCACCAGCGGAGCCAGUAAAUCUUCACAGUCGGUGAGAAAUUGCGGCCAUCAUCAUUCGCACAUGUUACACAGGUUGAAUUUUGCAUCUACUUCGAACGAAGUAUUACUACGAUUUCAUUCGGAUUAUUCGGUGGCUGGUUCUGGCUUCAUGGCAACGUGGAAAGCUGUCGAUAUUUCUGGUUGUCCGGUGCAAACGUUGACGGCCAGAGAAGGCGACGUUACAAGUCCGAAUUAUCCUCAUUUUUUGCUGGCCAAUUUACAAUGCGCUACUACAAUUUUAGCUCCUGUGGGCCGACAAGUGUGGUUGGAAAUUACAGACUGGGAUUUCGAUAAAAGGCAAAAUACAGAACGGAGUCAGCCGCCGAUGGCCAAUGCGGAUUUAUUUCUUUUACUCGGCAACAAAGAGAAAUUGUAUCCUUUUCAAGAUACGAAUAUUUUAACUGACGGCGUUUACUUAUCAUACGGCGAGUACAUGAGGAUACAUUUGAAAACCGGUGACGAACCCAAUGGUAGAGGAUUCAAAGGCGUUUAUAAAACUGUUUCGGAUUUGCACGAAACCAGGGUUGUGAAUUUACGAAAUGACUCGAGUGGACAAAUUCGCCAUUUGAAUUUUCCUCUAAAUCCGAUUCCAGGCUUAAACUUUGUUCAACGUUUUGUCGCUCCGCUCGGCUAUGCAAUUCAAAUGCACUUUUACCAAGUUACACCUUCGUCGCUAGACAGAUCGAAAGAAAGCACCUACUGUCCUGGUAAUCGGCAAACUUUCAUCGAAGUACGCGACCACUACGCUGAUCGAAAUGGCACGUGGUGGCAGUUUUGCCAAGAUGAUCAUCAUCAACAAGUCUCGCCGUUAGCUAUAACAUCUUACUUGAAUUCGAUUACCGUCAAGCAAUUCAGCAACGACAGCGAAAAUGGUAUCGUAAUGAACGCUACAAUCGCCGUCAUACCAGAUGCAAAUUUCAAAAUGAAAAUAUCGCAAUUUCCGCAAGACUACGUUUUAGAAUCGUGCCAACCGAAUCCUUGCAAUAAUAAUGGAAAAUGCAUUUCUAUCGAGUCGCAGAAACGCUGCGAAUGCGCCGCUCAUUUUACAGGCUUGUUCUGUGCUCUGACAAUUUGCGACGUGAACCCGUGCGUAUUCGGCGUGUGCGAGUUGACGGGCAACGACUUCAAGUGCGUUUGUCAACAAGGCUAUCAGGGUAAACUGUGCGAUAAAAAGGUGAAACCGUGCUCGGUGAAUCCUUGCGAAGGUCGAGGAGAAUGCAUCGAGAAAAAUAAUUUCACGUACUUUUGCCAAUGCCAUGCUUGGUGGGAAGGAGAAAGAUGCGAAAAGAAAAUCGCCAACAUUCCGUACAAGCCGCUGACUGACAGAAUGCUAGAAGAGCCUUUUUGGCUGGGUUUGUUAACCGUAUUCGUGGUGAUGAGCGUAAUCGGUUUGGUUUGGUGCGCCAGGCGUCAUUUUCCCGAGAAGCUGGAGAAGCUGUUGGCCGAAGAAGCGGAACGCAAUCGACAUUACGUGUCAUCGGGUCGUUCGAGUACAAUGCGCGGCGCGGCCGAUCUAAUGUGCCAAAACGGAAUCGCAACGGCGGUGAACGCGUCCCAAAGCAACACGGCCAACUCGUCGCCGAAUCCGAGAACCUUACUCGGCCGACUCGGUAUUCGAAAACCUUCAUUAUUCAGUUUGACCAGCCCAUUACAACCCACCCAUACCGCGAGAACUUUUAGUUUGGACGAUUUAUUUAAACCUUCCUCGUCAAGAUCACAAAUGUCGUACAAGCAUCGAAAUAGCGCCGGAUAUCGUAAAAAGUCGAUGGAUAAAUCGUUAUUGAAAAAACAAAGUUCUUCGACGGAUGAUAGUAGAUCGCAACAUAGUACGAAAAUAGAAAUUAUCGAAUUGAACGAAGAGAAUUUUCCAAAAAAAGACGAAAAAGAAAACAAAAACGAGGAAACGUCGUUUAUUUUUGCGAAACUGGAGAAAAAAACAGAUAACAAAAGCGAAAUAAAUAACAAGUACGAGAAAAAGGUGCAUUUCGCUCGACUGAUGAGUAAAGUUCAAGCGGAAAUGAUCGCGAGCUCCGAUGCGCACGUAGAUGUAGUAAGAUCGUCGAAAGACGAUCAGCAUAAAGUAGAACAAAAUUUCGACGAAAAACCGCUAACGGUUUCCACUCAAACGUUAAUCUAUCAACUCAAGUCACCUCAUAGUACUAGCUCUAAUCAAGGAAGCGAUUCUUUGUCGAGUUCCGAAAUGACGUUGAUUACAGCUUCAGGCGAGAAACUGAAUUCGAGAAGACCUAGUUUGCUGACUCUGGGUACGACGAGUGGUAAAUGCCAAAAAGCGGCCAGCGCCGACUCCAUACUUGCCAUGUUCCGGAAAUUCUCGUUCAGUACGGCGCCUUCGUCGGAAUGUAAUUCGAAUUUCGUGUCAGCUUCGACUUCGCCGACUAUCUCGAGUCCUCCGGAAGAAGUCGCCGGAUCAGACGAUUCGUCCCUAUCGUCGUAUCCCAUCGGGUCGAUAUCGUCGGUCGGAUUAAUAGCGGAAUCGCCGCCUUGUACUAAGAAACCGCAUUCGGCUACCAUUCAGGUGUCGGUACUGGAUCCUCUGAGUAGCCAGAAAAGCUGCGCUAACAUCCCAUCGAGCAAUUUGCUGCAUCCUCCGACCAUACUGUUAGAAGUGCCCAACAAGUGUUUGUCUCCGAUUCACGAAGUGCCUACGCCUUCUCCGUCUCCUUCGAUGACUCCGAUAAUGCCGCGUCAUCAUAUGCCAUCGAUGCACACCACGUCCAGUUCGCAAGACAGUUUGGAUGUGAAAAGCAACGCGACGAGAAGCGGCGAAAUUACGCCGUUUUCGCCGGCAGCGUCGCCGACCACUCGCGCUAACCCGACCUUCAAGUUGACCUGUCACACUCCGACCGAUACGCCACCUCAGAUACUUUGGAGCACCGAAGGCCAACUACAGAGCGAAGAUACAAACAGAAAAGGGCUGAUAAUACCGACUUUCACGAUUCAAGGACCGUCGCCGAUGGACGAGUCACCGGCCAUCGUUUUAUGUCCGAGUUCGCCGACCAUCGAAUAUGGUACAUCGAUCGCGAAUCGUGGUAUGCAUCUGCACAGACCGCCCACAAUUACGGUAACGUGUAGCGGCGAAACAGACUCCGAUACGGAUUGCGCCGCCGGCGGCGGAAAAUGCGACGGUGCCGGUGGCAGCGGCGGCUGCAACAGCGGUACCGCUCCCAAGACAAUGGCGUAUCUGAGUCCGUUUUCGGUGUGUUCGCGAGCCGAUCGAACAGUUUCCGAGUCGAAUUUGAGCUCGUCCGGGUACAGCUCGAUGGCGAGCCCGAGUCCGUCCAGAUGCGGUUCUAACAAUCCGCUGUGCCCUUCCGAGGGCGAAGAUCAGUCGAUCGGAUCUCACCAUUCUUCUCGUAGACCGUCUCCGUUGCUGAGGACGCCGUCCAGCACCGACAAGAGCGACAGUAACGCCGCCGACGAUGGUGGUGGCAGCGGAGGUGGCUGCCGCGACGGUGGCCAGCACCGCGAUCCUCCGUCCGAUUCGGAAACCUUAUCGGAUGACCAUCCGCUGGAGUCGAACGACGACGAGGGCUUCAGCACCGAUCAGCUCGACGACAAAAUCAAACGAGGCGACGUGAAAAGCGCCAAAGAAUUAGAGCUGUUCAUCGGAAGCGGAACCGAAACGAUGGGCCGUUGCGACAGCGUCCAAGCCGAGCUCGACAAUUGCUCGACUCGCGGUCCUUUGAAAAAUCACGCUAAUUCCGAACAGAAUUUGGAUAAGUUGAAGAAAUUACCGUUCGCUUCGACCUACACAAAACGAUGGAAUUCGGAGACUACGAAUAAGGUCGCCGAUAAAAGUAGCAAAUCGUGGCUGCAGUUGCCGUCUAUCGUGGUGGAUACGGAUGCCGAUGUGGAUGCCGAUGCAGAAGUCGAUGUCGAUUCGAGUAUUAGGACUGGUGUUGGCGGAAUUAGCCCGACUCGUGCCCGCAGUCCGCUUAGUUCGCGCAGCGAAAGCCCUCUCAGCGACCGGAACGUCUACGUUAACCGAUUCUCGCCAAUGUUCUGCAGCAGGUUAACCGAUUCGGAUGGCAUCUACGACUGCACCAGCUCGGACUGUCUGAAACCCACCCAUCGUAAACAUUUCGGUCGAAGAAGAGAGAAACAUCGCAAUAAAAGUACCACUUCCAAAACUACGAGUACAGGUACGAGUAAAAACAACGCCUUCAUGUUACUCGAUGUACCUGGAAAAGUAGCCGCUGACAAAUGGAGAAAACCCAGCCCCAAACGACGUUUAAGAUCCCAUGUCGUCAAAGCUUCUUCUUUGUCAUCGUCGUCAUCUUCUUCGCCAUCUUCCUCCGACAGCGCUAUGUCUCACCAAAGCCGAAUUUGCUUACGAAAACUGCAUAACACGAAACGUAAAACAACGUUCUCAUCUAAAAACAGUUCUUGUUCAACGGCCGAUGAAGCAUCCAUUGAAGACACCAUGCAGGAUGAAUGCUCAGCGGUUCUACAUGAACCAUCCAAGAACGAUCAUACAGAAGAUGAGAAGAGCAGUUAUGCGGACGUUAAACCACCGACUUCCCAACGUUUCAACAUUAUCGAAAAAUUGAGCUCAAUUUUAUCCAAUGACAAGAAAAUGCAAUGGAAAAAUCGUUCCGGUGAUUCUGCUUCUAUUCCAUUGCUCAUACAUUCGCAUUCUGUGGAGGAAAGCCAGAUGAAUUCUGUUCUGACAAAAAGACAUUAUUUGAGAUCGAAACGCGACAAAAGUUAUCACAAAUCCAGCAGAUUAACGGAUUAAAGUAUUACGAGUAAAGCUGUCGAUUGAUUUGUGCUUUCUUUACUCGCCAAAAUGUUUGUCUAGAUCUAUGAGUAAAUACUUGCUCAAUUGGUCUCCAAUAUAAAUGAGAUGAAACUGAUUGACAUGCCCGAGUCGGAUAUUCGACUGAUUCCGUAAUACGCGAGUAUGGUAUAUGUAGUUUAGGUACCUAUAGCGAUGAUAAUCGUCAAGACAAUGGUGUUGGCUUGCUUCUGAAAACCAGUAGGGGAUAAUAAGUACCUAUAUAGGUAUACUUAAAUGUUCUCUUUUUCGUGAAAAAACUAUUUUGAGAAUUUAAUUCGCAUAAACUCGCAUAAUGGUCGAUCACUAAAGGAAUAAUAAAGUAAAAAGUUGAGAAUAAUUUUUCUUUCUUUUCUUCACUUGAAAAUUUUUAAAUGUGGCUCCGCGGCGUCUACAUUCAAAUUCAAUUUGAUCAUCCUGUUUUUUUGUUUUUAUCGCGAAAGAAAUAAUUUUGCACAAAACAACGUGCUUUCAUGCAGUUAAUGCGGUAAUUAGUAAGCAAUAUAUAAGCAUCUUACUUUUACAUCGCAUAGGUGUACUCUGUACAUUCAACUUUUCUCUGUUUUCAAAUGUACUUAUAUGUAUGUAACGUACCACAGGACGAGAAAAACAAAACGCACAAUCAAUAAAUAAGAUGUUAUCGAGUCUUUCAUAAAUUUUUUUGAAAUUUUAGGUUAGGGUAUUUUAAUAAUUAAUUAUGGAUUGAAAUCCAGCUCUUACUUGUAAGACUGCUUUAAAAUCGAGUCUUACGUCUUAUUUUUGAAAAAACUUCUCGUCAACAUUCGAGUUCGCAGUACUACCUACCUAAUUGGUAAUUUACUAAAAAUCAUAGCUCGUUCAAGGGACGGGAAAUAGUUACAGUUUUUAAAGUUAUAAAACGUAGUACAUAAGUAGGUACCUUACUCGUAACUCGAUUGUUGUGUCAUGGGGGCUUAUACUUUUACUUAUUACAUACUCUGUUAUAAAAUUCGCUUCUUAUUACGUACCUAUCUCGCCAUCAGAUCACUAUAAUCUCGCAUUUCGUCGUCGCUUCGCUAAUCUGAAAGAAAUUGUUGGUAGGUAAACCCACUUUUGCCAGCUUCAUAUUCCUCCUCUUAUUUUAUUUACAUUGCCUACAUUUUUCCUUCAUUAAAAAAAUAAAAUAAAUACCCAAGUACAUACUUAGAUAAGCGGGUGAUGAAUACAUGCGGAAUGUAUUAUAAAGUUUCAUUAUUCAUCGAGACUCGUUUUUUCAUUUCACCCGAAUUUACCUGACAGCAAUUUUUCCAAACUGUGAUUAAUUUGAAUUGUAAUUUUUUUCGUACUUUAUUUUAUGUAAGCAUCCAAUUAUUAUAUAUAUUUUUUUUUUGGGGUUGGUUCUUCAUUUAUAAAUAUGUAAGUCUAAGUAUGUGUAAAUUAGAUAUGAUCGCUUAAGUAUUUCAUCAUGUCUUUCAAGUACCUGAGAUAACUUUGGUAUGAUGAAUUUUCAACGCAGAUAUACUUACUCGAGUAAGAAGAAAAUGAUUAAAUAAUUAUUAAACAACCGUGGCCUAAUUAUGUACACUACUUGGAGAGAAUUAUAUACGUGAAAGUUUUCCAACAAAAAUUUAUACCUAAUCAUACAUUUUGGAUAGAAAAUUUUUAGAAGAAUAGAUACUAUAGGUAUUUAUGUACCUAAAAUAAAAUGCAAACGUAGAUUUCAAUCGUAGUUGAAUCUAAACACGCAACAAAAAGCGGGUCAAGGUCAAAGGUACCUACAAUGAAUGUAAGUAUGACUUUCGUCUUUUUUUCCCUCAAAAUUCCGAUUUUUAUGGGUACAAAACUAACACAAGUUCUACAGAAAAUAUUUUAAAUUUUCACUUUUUCGUAGAAAAUCUUGUAUCUUUUUCUGUGGUUAUUAACUUGCUUUUAAUCACGUGCUCGUAUCAUUAUAUCAUUCGGCAGCGAGAGGUAGAGUGAAUUUAGAACUAUCAUUUCAAGAUUUUUGGCAAAAGUAAUAUAUACGUAUUCAAACAAUACGAGGGUAUUUUGUCGCAGUUUUUUUUGCUUACUUAGGGGUAAAUCGCCAGUGGUUGACAUAUCUCAGGACACUUUUUCACUUAAAAAUUUUUUUUCUCCUAUGCAUAUGUUUUUUUUUGAAAAUAAGUUGGUAUAAGAUAUGUCCCCACUCCUUGCCGUCAUUUUGACUUAUAUUUCAUCAAAAAAGGACACUACUGUGACCUUCAAAUUAUUUUUUGAAAAUGACAACUUUUUUGCCCAGUGAUUGACAACCAACAACUAGUGAUUGACAACCCAGUGAUUGACAUGUCCAGUAAUUGACACCCCAGUGAUUGACAUACUGAAAUAUGCAGGAAAACAUGUACCAUGUACCUAUACCUACUUCAAAAACUACUGUAGAUGACGUUUAUCAUCUCAAUGUACAUAAUCUUUGCUUUUUUAUCAGAAAUAAGCCAGUUGCCAUUCACUAGAUAUCAAAAUGCAUAAUUGUCCAGUGGUUGACAUAGUCUACCUAAACAAUGUGAAUUUUGUAAUUAAGUUUACUCCCUUCCUUUUAUUCGGCUUUGAUAAUGUCAUUUUUUACCUAUACAUGAAAUUUUAAAGAAUUAUGAUUACAAAAUUCACAUUUUUUACACAAUGUCAACCACUGGAAAAUUAUGCAUUUUGAUAUCCAGUGAUUGACAACCGGCUUAUUUCUGAUCAAAAAGUAAGAAUGAAGUAUAUCUAAAUGACCAACGUCAUCUACAUUUCAAUACCUUUCAGGAUAUCUCAUUAGUUUUCAGAAAAAUAAUAAACUUUUUGAUUUAUGAAAUUUAUUGUAAAAUACUUUCACAUCAGUUAUGAUGCUGAAAUUUCACAAAUUUUUUUAUAAAAAUUUAUAACUCGAAUGACGCCACAUUGAAAUGAGCAAAUCAUUUGAAAGUCAUGGUGAUGUACAAGCAAGGUAUAAAUUACGUCAUGCUAGUAUCAGUGUUGCCAAAAAAUCAAACUGAACGAAGCAAUUACACAACUGUCAACCACUGGGCGGGUGUCAACCACUGGGCAGUUUACCCUACUAAAAAAACUUUAAUUAAAAAAAAAAUAUUAUAGGUAUACAUAUUAUUGUAUGUGGUAACGUACCUAAAGUGAUUGAUGGAUGAAGGGAAUUAGUCUGCAAUUUCAUGCAAUCCUCCUGCUCAUUUAUAGGCUGAUGAGUUGUUCUUUCUUUAUUCUUUUCAUAUAUUGCGAAGCAUUAUUUUUUCUUCCUUGUAUUGAAAUAUAUACAUUUCGUGAAUUAAGUAUUUAAGAUGUAAUAACGUGAUACAGUGUCUAUAUGUAAAGCUAAGCAAUACAAUAUUACGUACUACGUACCUAUAUACUUACUAAUACGAAAUGAAAAUACAUAGUUGUAAUUUUUUCUCUUUUUUUUUAUGAAUAGAAAUUAAGUAAUUAUUUGUUGAUUUUAAAAUUCAUGUUGUAAAAUGAAGGAUAUUUUAUUAGUAUAAUAAAUUUUUGAAAAAAAGGUUUACAA